AGUUGUGUGACUUGGAUGAUGCAGAACCCACAGACCCAGAGUGACAAUCUGUACAAUGAACACUUGCAACUGCACCGAGCGUAGUCCGCGAUGGCUUUCAGGCCACCAGGUGAGGCUGAAACCCCGGACAAGUGCUACCCAGCCGAAAGGCUCCAGAGCAGCCCGCAGGUCCUGGCUCCCUACUACUCUCCGUUCCCAGCCUAUGGCCACUACAAGAGCGCCUUGCCCGCCGCGCAGGAGGACUUCCAGCCGUUCGGACAGCUGGAGGCCGCGAUGUCCGCGUCUCAGGCAGUGAACCCUUUCCCCUUCGGCGUGGCAUCUCCCUUACCGGGUCUGGCUCUGCAAAGGGAGCCGCUCUUUGACUUACCCUGGUACAGCAAAUUACCGCUGUGGUACCCCGUUUCCCACCUCCCCAGGGAGGUGCCACUCUUUCUGAACAGCCACGAGUUGAACAGCCACGAGUACACAGGCGCGAGCAGCGACGAUCUGCUUCCCGUGGGUGGGCAAAGAGACAGCGGCCAGUACUGGGGACCUGAGACUUUAAUUCCGCUGCUCCCCGCGGAAGCCUCCACAUUACCUGAGGGGCUGAAGACCUCCCAGUUAGUGUGUUCCCCCAGCAAGCGGUCUGAGGAAAGCGCCAAACCUCCGAGCCAGGAGGACAGUUCAUCUCCUGGUCGUUUCCACUUCACCGAGGAAGAGCUGCAUUUCGUUCUGUACGGGGUCACGCCCAGCCCGGAGUGCUCAGCCAGCCUGCAUCAUGCGAUUUCGGGCCUCCUGGUCCCCGCCAAUAGUUCCGGGUCUGAGCUUCUUCCUCAAAAUCUGGAUCUAGACUCCCUUCAGCUUCCAGAAGGUCUUUACCUCAUGCGGGUGAUGUUGGGUGCAACCCCACAUUUUGGUGUGUUCUGCAGUAGCUUUCUUGCCAAAGGAAUCAAGUUUGGGCCUUUUGAAGGAAAAUUGAUCAGCACCAGUGAACUGAAGAUCCACAAUGACAAUUCUCAGGUGUGGGAGAUCUUUGAAGAUGGCCACUUGAGCCACUUUAUAGAUGGAAGAGAGUUAGGGAACUGGAUGUCCUUUGUCAACUGUGCCCGCUUCCCCAAGGAGCAGAACUUGGUUGCUGUUCAAUGUCAAGGUCAGAUAUUUUAUGAAAGCUGUAAGGAGAUUUACCAGAACCAAGAGCUGCUCGUGUGGUACGGAGACUGCUAUGAGAAGUUUCUGGAUAUUCCCCUGAGCUUGCAGGUUGCACAGCUGGGCACACAGCCAGCAGAGCCCACAGAAGAGUCUACAGAAGGUUACAGAUGCGAGAGAUGUGGAAAAGUGUUCACCUACAAAUACUACAGAGAUAAGCAUCUCAAGUAUACACCCUGUGUUGACCAGGGUGACAGGAAGUUCCCCUGUUCUCUGUGCAAGCGGUCCUUCGAGAAGCGGGACCGCCUGCGAAUCCACGUCCUCCACGUUCAUGAGAAGCACAGGCCGCACAAGUGUUCUACGUGUGGGAAGUGUUUCUCUCAGUCUUCCAGCCUGAACAAGCACAUGCGCGUCCACUCUGGAGACAGACCGUACCAGUGUGUGUACUGUGCAAAGAAGUUCACCGCCUCCAGCAUCCUCCGCACACACAUCAGGCAGCACUCCGGGGAGAAGCCGUUCAAGUGCAAAUUCUGUGGCAAGUCUUUCGCAUCCCAUGCUGCCCAUGACAGCCACGUCCGGCGCUCGCACAAGGACGACGAGAGUGGCAGGUGCAGCACCUGCGGGAAGGUUUUUUCUGAUCAGGAGGCCCUCGACUCUCACGGGAAGGUUCACGAAGACUGCUUGCCCUCUGAGGGGACGCUGUGAAGAUAGGACUUGGAUGCUUUCUCUCUGGUUCUUGUGGGUACAUCAUAGGAUCACAUGGUCGUGACAUUAGGAGAGAAAUGGGAAAAAGCCACCGGCCAGCCCCCCAACUACCAGGCUGCGGGAGGGGCUCUUGAGGACACGCUUUCCACAGUUGUCAGCUGCAACAGGGAGGGCUCCAAAACUGGGUGUCUGCCCUAAGUGGCACAGGUGUCCCUGCAGUUCAGGGAUGAGACAGUCCUAGAUUUCCAGACUAAGGAGAAGCAAGCUUCUACUCGGCCCCCAGAUGGACAAUGUCUGCCCAUCCUGAGCUCAGUUUCUUCACAGAACGGAGUUUUCAUUUACAUGAGCUACAGCUUGAUUAUUAGUAGUGUGCUUAAUUCUUCAGUUAUGAAUUAACCCUUUGUCUUUAUUUGAAUUCGUCUUAAGCCCCAUGUCCCUACUCCCAAGCUAGGACACAUGCCAGAUAACAUGCUUAGCACCAAACAAUGCUGAGAGCUGGUUGUUUAUUCACUGUGCCAUCUGUGAUCUAUGCCAACUGGGGAAGUAAG